AUGGACGCACACGCAUCGCCGAUCAAGGCCAACCCGGGCCGUCGCAGGCACCCCCGAGGCAAGCCAGCCCCUCUCAAGGCCUAUGCGUCAGAGAACGACGCCGCCAACUACGCAACCUCUACCCAUCACCACCACAAGACGCCCCAGACUCCCAAGAAGAUACUUUCUGCCUCUCCUGCACCGGCAGAGAGCUACGGUACACAAUCUGCAGCCAAGCAACGCAACCGUAGCCACAAACCCAAAGGCAAAUUCGACGCCGCCUCCCCCAACUAUCACCUGAGCAGCAGCCAGUCGCCUCCUAGAACGUCGCCGAACUCAAAGCCAGGCCCCAGCGCGGCCUUUGCUGGAGCGACCUUUCAUGCCUCGCCUGCUCCCGCCGAUCUACCCAUCCCAAGCUUCCUCAAGUCCAGCAGCGAGUCUCCGAUGGUGCGAAAGCCGAGGGACUUCGUUUCGCAACCUUCCCCUCCGGCUACCGACUCAGAGGCACCUACGCCAUACCGACCCGCCUCUGCGUCUCAGCAUCGCGAAUCUCCGCUCGACUUCAUGUUCCGAGCUCAUAGAGAAGAAAAGGCCCGGCAACAGUUUGACAACACUGCCGGCCCGGCGUCGUUGCUGGCCGGCGUCAUGUCUCCACCGCACCACACGGACACACCCCUCACUCCGACCUCGUCCAACCUGGCACAGAACCGCCGUGCAUACAGCCGACAACCUUCUGGAGGUAUUGAAGUGUUUGAGCUGGAUGGCACCGGAAGCCAGCCACUGGGCCGACCAUUCUCAACUCCUUACCAGGAUCGGAUCAACGCUGUACGCAAUUAUGGCUCGACCCCCCCUACGUCUCACACGACUCCUCAGCCCACUCUGAGCACCAACAACAAUACGACGGCUGAAGAUCCAACUGCGGCUCUCAAGAGGUACCUCUUCACCCCUCAGCAGUCUACAACAACAACCCCAUCCACUGCCCGCAAUGCCGGACCCUUUUCCAACAGCCAAGUGGACGGCUCUGGUUUUGUUAGCGCAGGCAGCAUCAAGGCUAUGGAAAACGAUCUUAAACGGCUUUUAAAUCUGGAACCGCGUCCGCAAACAGAGCAGAGCCUUUUUACUCGCUAA